AUGGCCUCCGGCGGCGCGCCGCCGAUCGUUGCCGUCGCCGUGCGCCCCGGCGGCAGUGGCAGCCGCCUCGCCGCACGGUGGGUCGCCGCGGGACUCCCAGACGGCCACGCCACCGCCAUCGCCGUCGUCCACGUCCUCCCCGAACUCUCCUACGUGCCCUCCCCGACGGGGGAGCGGGUGCCGGUGGCGCUGGUGGGAAGGGAGCCGGCGGAGGCGUACGCGCGGGACCGGCGCGCGCGCGCGGAGGAGGCGCUGCUCCCGAUCCGCCGCCUCUACUGCUGUGGCCGCGCGAACGUCACCGUGGAGACGGUGGUGGUGGAAGGCGACGGCGUGGCGGAGGCGCUGCUGCGGUACAUGCACGAGUCCGGCGUACGGAGCCUGGUGCUCGGCUCGGCGUCCUUCCGCUGGUUCCGGAGGGUGCUGAGCAUCCCAGAUGUCCCCGAGUCUAACAUGAACUUGAGGAUCGAGUCCAUUAGCCAUGAAACAUUUGCACUAUCACAUAGGAGUUUACUGUUUGACAACUUUGCUAAUGAUGAAGCACAAUCAGAUUCAUUCUCCCAAUCCCUCAGCUCAUAUAGUGCUUCUAAUGUUGUUCCAAGUUCAGAAAGUUCCCAACAAGUUGCUUCAGGGAGUUCAGGAGUAAAUUGUGCAGGAACAGAAGGAAGUAAGAACUAUGAUUCUCUUAGCUCCUUGGGGGAAGAUCCUUGUCCUGCCUCAAACUCCAGCGAAGAGUGCCAAUCUACAGAUGAAGUGUCCAAACUAAGGAAGGAGCUGCAGGAAACCUUAGUAGUCUAUGAUAAAGCUUGUGUAGACCUCGUCAAUGUUAAGAAAAAGAUUCAUGUACUUUCUAUCGAGUGUUCUGAAGAGGCUAGGAAGGUGGAGCAUGCACUAGAGUGGGAGGAAGCUUUGAAGCAGAUGGUAUCUGAUGAGAAGGCGAAACAGCUCGAGGUCAUCAACGAAGUUGAGCAAGCAAGAAAAUCGUUCACGCGAGAGGCUUAUUCAAGGUACAAGACAGAAAUGGCUACCAGCAUGAUCUCUCAGGAUAAGGUGCAGAUUGUUGAUGCUAUUUUGUCAAAGAGCAGAAGUUGCAGGCGUUAUUCGAAGAAAGAUAUAGAGCUUGCCACUGAUAACUUCUCUGAAGAAAGGAAGAUUGGUGAGGGGGGUUAUGGCAAUGUGUACAGGUGUACCCUUGAUCACACUGAAGUAGCUGUGAAGGUCAUUCAGGAAGACUCCAUUGACAAAACUGAUGAGUUCUUGAAGGAGGUUGAGAUUCUUAGCCAGCUUCACCAUCCCAACCUGGUUUUGUUGCAUGGUUUCUGUCCAGAAAUUGGCUGUCUGGUGUAUGAAUACCUGAAGAAUGGAAGCCUAGAAGACCAGCUCUUCAAUAGCAAAGGGUGCCAACCACUGCACUGGUUCCUCCGGUUCCAGGUCAUCUUUGACGUGUCCUGCGGGCUUGCAUUCUUGCACGCAAGAAACCCAGAGCCUAUUGUCCACCGUGACCUGAAACCGGCCAACAUCUUACUGGACAGGAACUACGUGGGCAAGAUCGGCGACGUUGGUUUUGCAAAGCUCAUCUCUGAUCUUGUGCCCGACUGGCAAACCGAGUACAAGGAGACGAUCGUCGCCGGCACACUGUACUAUAUGGACCCUGAGUACCAGCAGACCGGGACCGUUCGUCCCAAAUCUGAUGUGUUCGCGCUGGGAGUUGUCAUCCUGCAACUCCUGACCGGCAGACGCCCAAAUGGGCUCAUUGUGAGCGCAGAAAACGCUGUGAGAAACGGCAGGCUCUCUGACAUUCUCGACAGGUCUCAGACUGAUUGGCCGCUUGACGAGGCAGAGAUGUUUGCGAGGCUCGGAUUGAGAUGCACGGCGUUGAAGUGCAGGGAUAGGCCUGAUCUUGAGUCAGAGGUGCUGCCGAAGCUCGAUGAGAUCCUGCACAGGAUUACUUCUGCUGUCAAUUUGAGAAACCCAAAACUGAGUGUGCCAAGUCACUUCAUCUGUCCUAUAACACAGGAGCUGAUGGAGGAUCCUCACGUCGCCGCCGAUGGCCACACCUACGAGCAUUACGCGAUCAGGGCUUGGCUCAAGAGGCAUAAGACAUCGCCUGUUACGAGGAGGAAGCUGCCGAAUUCGUCCAUAAUCCCGAACCAUUCCUUGCGCACCGCUAUGCAGCAGUGGAAGUCACAGUUACCAGCUCAGACAAACGAGUGA